AAUCGCAGAACCCGCCGUCUAUCUUAGAACCCAGAAGAACGCUGCCGUCUAAAGGAAAUCCAGAAGAAAACUUGGAUCUUUCUCCGUCUCCCAAUUAUAAUUUCACACUCAUAGUCUCUGUUCAUAAAUCUAUCAAUCUUCCCUCACUGAAUCGCGAGCUUAGUUGCGAUUUCUUUCUUAUGGGUGCUGUUUGAUUUGUGCUAUGGACCGGAAGGACAAAGGAACAGCUUCCUUGCUUAAGCGUGUUCUAAUUACUUGUGCGUCUCAGGAUAAAAAAGAAAACAGAGAGUUAAGAGUUUAAUUUUGGAACUUUUUCAAAAUAGCAUCAGCGCUCAUGACAGGGCUCAAAGACGGAAUUCCAGGCAAAACAAUAUGGGGUUUGUGUUGCGGCAAAGGUUCCAAAAGUUGAACGUGAUAUGUGUUUGAAAGAAUUUCUUGAACUGAAGUCUUGCAUGCAAAAUACGCUUCGGGGGAAAUGAUAAGCAUCAUUGCUUUAUUGAAGAAAAUACCAAUAUGAUGAGUCGUAAAGCUUGGAGCACUAGGCAAAAUUUUCUACAUUCACGACAUUGACGCGAAUGUGUGAGGUUUGAGUGAAUAAGCUUAAUUUGGAUUGCAUAAAUUGCUUGGUUUCACUUUCAGAAACUUUUCUCCAAGGUUAAGAGGUGACUUGAUAAAAUGUCUGGAAGACCAUCGAGAUUACAACCCAGUGCUGGUCUAAGCAAAUCCAGUGCUCUCUCACAUGCUUAUAUACAAUAUCCACCCUUACGAUGUAGAAUUCCUGGACUAAGGGGAUUAUUUUUUGAUGAUGGAAAUAAGUUAUUGAUCUGCCGAACUGGGGAUCAGAUUUUCUCAUGGAAAACUGUUCCGUUUAAUCCUGCUGUUGCUUAUACCACUGAUGCAAUUACAGAAGGGCCCAUCUUAUCUAUUCGAUAUUCCUUAGACUUAAAGAUUAUUGCAAUACAAAGAUCAAACCACGAAAUACAGUUUUUGAUUAGAGAAACAGGUGAAACUUUUAGUCAGAAAUGUAGACCAGAGCCGGAGAGCAUUCUGGGAUUUUUUUGGACGGAUUGUCCCUUGUGCAAUAUUGUAUUUGUGAAGACCAGUGGGCUGGACUUGUUUGCUUAUAGUUCUGAUUCAAAGUCCAUUCAUUUGGUGGAGUCAAAGAAAUUGAAUGUGAGCUGGUAUGCCUACACACAUGAAAGUCGAUUGGUGCUUAUGGCUUCUGGAAUGCAGUGCAAAACUUUUCAUGGAUUUCAGCUUUCAGCAGCAGGGAUUGUUCGCUUGCCAAAAUUUGAAAUGGCAAUGGCAAAAUCUGAUGCUAACAGCAAGCCUGUCCUAGCUAUAGAGGACAUCUUUAUUAUCACUGUCUAUGGAAGAAUAUAUUGCUUGCAAGUGGAUAGAAUUGCGAUGCUACUUCAUACCUACAGGUUCUAUCGUGACGCGGUUGUGCAGCAGGGUUCUUUACCAAUCUAUUCGAGUUGGAUUUCUGUGGGCGUGGUUGACAAUGUGUUGCUUGUUCAUCAAGUAGAUGCAAAAGUAGUUAUCCUUUAUGAUAUUUUUACUGAUUCAAGGGCACCCAUAUCCGCUCCACUUCCUUUAUUGUUGAGAGGUUUUCCUGGACCAAAUAUUGAUGUCCGAAGUAGUAAGCAAGGUAGUGCCAGUUUAGAAGCUGAUGCAGUACCUGAUGAAGCAAUCGUCUACGGGGAUGGUUGGAAAUUUCUUGUCCCAGACCUGAUUUGUGAUCAUGUUAACAAAUUAGUGUGGAAGAUACAUAUAGACUUGGAGGCGAUCGCUUCAAGUAGCUCUGAAGUGCCAUCACUUCUAGAAUUCUUGCAGCGACGGAAAUUGGAAGUUAGCAAGGCUAAGCAGUUGUGCUUGACCUUGACAAGAACUACGAUUCUGGAGCACAGGCCUGUGGCCACUGUUGCUAAGGCUAUAGAUGUUCUAGUCUCAUCAUAUACCCGCUCAAGCAAAGUAGGUCCAAAUGUCAAGGAAUCAAAAACUGACAGGACACAAUCGGUUAUGCCUCAAGUUGGUGGCUCUGGCCCUGUACCUGGUACUAAUAACCGUGAUUCAACUACUGAAGUGGAAAGUGAAGCUCUUCAUCGAACUUCAAUAUUUCCAUCUUCAGAUUCUGAGGAGAAUGCUGACAUUGAACAACUAAAUACAGUUCCAGGCAACCAUCAGUCUAUAGUAGACCGGGAAAGAUGGAGAGGCAUAAUAAGUUCUACUGAAGUUCAGGCAUCAUCUUCACAGUAUCAACAUCUUGGACCUGGAUGUAACCGGUUGAAUGACGAUGUCUCUGAUGAGGAAUCUCUGAUUUCGUCACCAUCUAUCUCACCUGAUGAGAUGUACAGCUUUGUGUUUGCUCCCGUUGAGGAAGAGAUAGUUGGAGAUCCUUCUUACUUGCUGGCUAUAAUUAUCGAGUUCCUCCGCAGGGUUAAUUCAGAAAAGAUCAAAGUAAACCCAAACAUCUAUGUCUUGACAGUCCAAAUAUUAGCUCGCAAUGAACGAUACACAGAAAUUGGAUUAUUUGUGCAGCAAAAGAUUAUUGAACCUUCUAAAGAGGUUGCCUUGCAAUUACUGGAGUCUGGUCGCCAUAAUUUCCCGACAAGGAAACUGGGUCUAGAUAUGCUCCGGCAGCUUUAUCUACAUUAUGAUUAUGUGUCUCUGCUCGUGCAAGAUGGAUAUUACCUCGAAGCAUUGCGCUACACACGGAAGUUUAAGCUAUCGCAGGAAUCAAACGCAUGCGUUGGAAGGCAAUCGCAAAAUCAAACGCAUGCGCUGAAGCCUGGCGAUCACAAAGACAAUCGCAUACACGGAAGCCUAGCAAUCGCAAAGAUGACUGCAUGUGGGGAAUCUCUCCAUCGCAAAGGCGAACGCAUACGUUCGACGCAUGAGUGUUGCAGCCAUCAGCCGCAUGCAUCCAUCGCAUAGAAGUUGUGGCCGUCAAGCGAAUGCGGUCAUCGAAGAGAAGUUGCGGCCAUCAAGCGAAUGCGGUCAUCGCAAGGAGAUUGCGAUUAUGAAGUUAUAACCAUAAUAGAAGGCCGAUCGCAAGAUGGGUGGAAUGCGUUGAUACUUCAAUUGAAAUAAGCUCGAACGCAUACCUUGGGAGUAUCAACAGAUAAGAUGAUAUGACAUUGCCCAUACCGCGACAAAGGUAGCAGUGAGCCAGAAUGCAAUCAUGAUUGUUGUCAGCAUUUAAACUCUAUAAAUAACCCUUGGACCUUCACUUCAAGGCAUCCGAACUUCUGCCUUAAGACAGAGGUUUGCGAUCAUAGAUGAGAGCAUGAGCGAGAUUUUCUGUGAGGAUUCUUCAUUUCCAUAAACCAGUCCGAGUGACGAUCGGAGCUUUCGCCGGAGAUAGAGCUCGAGAGAGACAUCUCCACCAUCCAUCCAUGGCAUCACCAGCAGCCUUGAUGCAGAGUCUUUCAUUUCUUCUC